AUGUCAGUCAAGGAUCAAGGGUCUGGGAUAGACACCCUUUCAAGAACUGACCUGUCGCCUAUCACGAUCCGAGUACAUACAACUCAGCUAGACGAGGCCAAGUGCUACAGGGUCACGUCGACCAGGGGUUUGCACCGGAAGCGGCAAGCAUGGGUCGACGGAGCGACCGCCAACGGGCCGCCUUCUUCCCUCAGGAUGCUCCGCACUGAGAACAAUGACCUUAAUAAUCUCAUCGCCCUCGCCGCUCGAUGCUGUUCCAAAGGUCUCAGAUACCACUGUGAUACAUUGCCGGAUGCAGUGCCACAGACAAAACUCUCCAAUGCCUCGUUUAAAUAUGUCAUCAACUUGCUGCGUCUCUUGAUUCUGGCGGCUGGGUCGCGCGCGGCACAGGGCGGCGUGCAGUCCUUCCGCCACUAUGCUAAUAAGCCAGGGCACGUUCACCAACCUCAUUCCUUUGGUACAAAGCGGCUGUUGGACAAUAACCAUAAACGGCUGAUAUCGUCAACGAAUAUGCAACACUCCCUCGACUCGCCUUGGAUUGACUGGAGGAUUUUGACCGACAGAGCUUAUAACUUUGACUUUGAGAACAGAGAUCUUCUCUUUGGUGCAGAUCCCAUGUACUCGUCCUACCAACAAUUAUGA